AUGGAGGAAGAAGUUGCCGCCCUCGUCAUCGACAAUGGUUCGGGCAUGUGCAAGGCCGGUUUUGCCGGUGACGACGCUCCCCGAGCUGUUUUCCCUUCUAUCGUCGGUCGUCCCCGUCAUCAUGGCAUCAUGAUCGGAAUGGGUCAAAAAGACUCGUACGUCGGCGAUGAGGCUCAGUCGAAGCGUGGUAUCCUGACGCUCCGAUACCCCAUCGAGCACGGUGUCGUCACAAACUGGGACGACAUGGAGAAAAUUUGGCACCACACCUUCUACAAUGAGCUGCGUGUUGCCCCCGAGGAGCACCCCGUCCUGCUCACCGAGGCGCCCAUCAACCCCAAGUCCAACCGUGAGAAGAUGACUCAGAUUGUCUUCGAGACCUUCAACGCUCCUGCCUUCUACGUCUCCAUCCAGGCUGUCUUGUCGCUGUACGCCUCUGGUCGUACCACCGGUAUUGUCCUCGACUCCGGCGAUGGUGUCACCCACGUUGUCCCCAUCUACGAGGGUUUCGCGCUUCCCCACGCCAUUGCCCGGGUGGACAUGGCUGGCCGUGAUCUUACCGACUACCUCAUGAAGAUUCUCGCCGAGCGCGGCUACACCUUCUCCACCACGGCCGAGCGAGAAAUCGUUCGAGACAUCAAGGAGAAGCUUUGCUACGUCGCCCUCGACUUUGAGCAGGAGAUUCAGACUGCCGCCCAGAGCUCCAGCCUGGAGAAGUCGUACGAGCUUCCCGACGGCCAGGUCAUCACAAUUGGCAACGAGCGGUUCCGCGCCCCCGAGGCUCUGUUCCAGCCCUCCGUCCUGGGUCUCGAGAGCGGCGGCAUCCACGUCACCACCUACAACUCUAUCAUCAAGUGCGACGUCGAUGUCCGGAAGGACCUGUACGGCAACAUUGUCAUGUCGGGUGGUACCACCAUGUACCCGGGUCUCUCGGACCGUAUGCAGAAGGAGAUUACCGGUCUUGCCCCUUCGUCCAUGAAGAUCAAGAUUAUUGCCCCUCCCGAGCGAAAGUACUCUGUCUGGAUCGGUGGUUCCAUCUUGGCCUCGCUGUCGACCUUCCAGCAAAUGUGGAUCUCGAAGCAGGAGUACGACGAGAGCGGCCCCUCGAUCGUCCACCGCAAGUGCUUCUAA